AUGGGCGGCGAGACUCACCACCUCAUGGCUUCCACCACGCCCAAAUACCCGCAGCUCGCGGACCGGCCGAAGGGCAAGCUGAUUCACGACAUCUACACCUCCCGCCUACGCCAGUUCACCGACGGAGGCCAAUACCGACAACAAGGUCUACUCGCGAAGCUCUACAAUGGCAGAGUCUCCGGCGGCAACCAUGUCAAACUGUCGGUGUGGGAUGCUCCGGGUCUGACGCGCCCCACGUUCAAGGAAGCUACGGAUAGCAAGAACGAGUAUAAAAAGACCGAGAUAGGAGCAUGCUUUGGUCCAAGCUGGAGUACGCAUUGGUUCAAAGUACAGUUUACUGUGCCCAUUGACUGGGAGGAUGAGCAUCUUGUGGAAUUGCAUUGGGAUUCGAGUUCGGAGGGUAUGGUGUGGACGGACGAUGGGAAGCCAUUGCAGGGUUUGACUGGAAAUGGGGAGAGGAUUGAAUGGAUCGUGCCUCCAUCAUACCGAAGCUACGAGGAGGAGACCAUUUAUAUUGAGGUGGCUUGUAAUGGCAUGUUUGGAAAUGCGCCCGGAGGUGAUAGCAUUCAGCCUCCAGACCCGAAUCGGUAUUUUAAGCUCAAGACUGCGGAUCUUGUGGCGGUGAAUGAGGAUGCGAGGGCUCUCUACUAUGAUUUUUGGAUUAUUGGAGACGCUGCGAGGGAAUUUGAUAAGGAUAGCUGGGAGGAACAUUAUGCGCUGCAGAUCUGUAAUGAGAUCAUGGACACUUUCAUCAAGGGGAAUGGAAGCGGUGAGGCGAUCAAAGAGUGUAGGAAAGUUGCCAAGAAAUAUGUUGGUGAGAAGGUGGAUGGUCCAGAGGUUUACGAUUUGACCAAAGGUGAUCCGCUAAGAGAGGUGCUGGUCAGCGGUAUUGGACAUUGUCACAUCGAUACGUGCUGGCUGUGGCCUUGGGACGAGACAAAGCGAAAGGUGGCGAGGAGUUGGAGCAGUCAGUGUGAUUUGCUGGACAGAUACGCCGAGCACCGUUUCUGCGCAUCGCAGGCUCAGCAGUACAAGUGGUUGGAGAAGCUUUAUCCAUACGCUUUUGACCGCGUCAAGGCGCACGUCAAGAAGGGCAACUUCCAGCCUAUCGGUGGUAGCUGGGUUGAGCACGACACAAACCUGCCUUCUGGAGAGUCGCUGGUACGACAAUUCCUGUACGGACAACGAUUCUUUGAAUCUCGGUUUGGCGAACGAUGCAAGACUUUCUGGCUGCCAGACACCUUCGGCUACUCCUCACAGAUCCCGCAAAUAUGUCGUUUAGCAGGCAUGAAUCGCUUCUUCACGCAGAAGCUGAGCUGGAACAACAUCAAUAACUUCCCUCACACCACCUUCAAUUGGGUCAGCUUAGACGGUAGCCAAGUGAUCUGCCACAUGGCGCCAUCCGAGACGUACACUGCUGAAGCACACUUCGGCGACGUGAAGAGGUCUGUCACGCAGCACAAGAGCAUGGAUCAAGACCCGACCUCGCUGCUGGUCUUUGGAAAGGGUGAUGGCGGUGGUGGACCAACAUGGGAGCACAUUGAGAAACUGCGUCGAUGCCGUGGUAUCAGCGACAGGAUCGGCAACGCACUCCCGCGAGUACACAUGGGCUGGAGUGUGGAAGACUUCUUCAACAGACUGGAGCAUAAUGCUGCGACGAAGAACACCGAGUUCACAACCUGGUACGGCGAGCUCUAUUUCGAACUGCACCGUGGCACAUAUACGACUCAAGCGAACAACAAGCGAAACAACCGGAAGUCCGAGAUCCUCCUUCACGACAUCGAGUACCUAGCCACUCUUGCGACGCUACACAACAAGGACUACAAGUAUCCCAAAGCGGAGAUCGACGAGAUGUGGGAGAGCGUGCUCCUUUGCCAGUUCCACGACUGCCUGCCGGGCUCUUCAAUUGAGAUGUGUUAUGAUGACUCCGAUAAAGAAUACGCCAAGGUGUUCGAGAUCGGCAGGAAGGCUCUGAAAUGCGCGAUGGAUGCACUCGGUUUCGAUGACAACAGCAAUGAGCAACAGGUGGUUCUCAACACUUUGGGCUGGAAACGAGAGCCCUUGUAUCGUCUACAAGCCGCAGGCUACAAGGACAGGGAGGUGCAUGGUAUAAGUAUCCCGGUUAUCGGUCAACCUGCUGGCGAGGUCUUGUCUCCUUUCAAGAAUCUCAAACUGGCGACCGUUCAGGAACUGGAAGACGGAACAUUCUUGCUUGAGAACUCAAAGCUUUCUGUCAGGGUUGCGGAUGGUGUCAUCACCUCGCUCUAUGACAAGGUGGCCAAGCGAGAAGUCGUUCCCGAAGGCAAGAGCGCCAACCAGCUCGUCAUAUUCGACGACAAGCCGCUCUACUGGCAGGCUUGGGAUGUGGAAGUGUACCAUCUUGAGUCGCGUAAGGAACUCAAGGCAUCGAGCAAGACGGAGAUUACAAGAUGCUCCCCGUUUGCAGUUGCGGUGACGACCCAGACUCAGAUCUCGGAGAAGAGCUGGAUCAAGACUAAGAUCAGCCUUCACGCUAGCUCUGACGAUUUCGAGACUAGCCGGGUCGAAGUCGAAGCAGAGGUUGAGUGGCACGAGACCAUGAAGUUCCUAAAGGUCGAAUUCCCCACCAACAUCCGCAACACCGAAGCUACGUACGAAACACAAUUUGGUCUGGUCAAGCGACCAACUCAUUACAACACCAGCUGGGACAUGGCUAAGUUCGAAGUGUGCUGUCACAAGUUCGCUGAUCUGAGCGAGCACGGCUACGGUGUCUCGAUCCUAAACGAUUCCAAGUAUGGCUUCGCUACGACAGGCAGUCUGAUGAGACUUUCUCUCCUGCGAGCACCCAAGGCACCAGACGGUCACGCAGACAUGGGCCGCCACCACAUCAAAUGGGCCAUCCUCCCUCACGCCGGGCCUCUCGAUGAGCGCACAGUCCGAGCAGGUUUCGAGUUCAAUCAUCCUCUCGAGAUCCACCGCCACUCCAACCCAGGCAGUCUGAAGAGCUUACUGAGUGCUUUCAAGCUUACCUCAGAUUCCUCACCAAGCUUGGUCGUCGAUACUAUCAAGCGUGCUGAAGAUGAUGAGGACGUCUCGAAUGGCGAUCUGCCGCCUAAAGAGGGCAGACACGUGGUAUUGAGGGUUUAUGACAGUCUUGGUGGUACUAGCCGGGGCACGAUUGGUUUGGGAAGUGUCAAGGUGGGCAAGGCUUGGAAGGUCAAUGUGCUUGAGGAUGUUAUCGAGGAGGUCAAGGUCAGUGAUGAGGGUGUCGAGAUUGAGUUGAGGGCUUUUGAGAUUGCUACUUAUAAGCUAGAGGUGUUGUGAGAAGGAUGAGAGAAGAUGGCGCGAACGAUGAGCAUGAGGUAGCAGCAGCUCAUAUACAAACAUGCGUGGAGUGCAACCGCAG